CUUUAUUCGUUAUGCGGAUGAGCGGCUUCCUGUGAGGUGGAAUGGGUACCCUCCGAAGGUUCAGACACCGGAGCUAACCCCGGCGUUACGGGAAGCCGUGGAUAAGCUGAGGUUGGGCGGAAUUAGGAAAUUGAAGGGCCUUCUGACCAUUGAGGCACUCUCAGACGCAGGGAUAGGUACCGCCCGUGAUCCCUGGACUGGCCUUCUCUUGUCUUCAUCUUGUGGACCCGGGCGGUCUAUUCCCUGAGGUGAGUGCCUUUGUGAUUCGCACCGCCCGGUACUAACGUCACUUUUCUGUUUUCACGUCCUCCCCCUACUCAAGAGCAAAUGGACAGUGCAGCUAUGGCAGCUCGUCGUGAGGCAAAGGCCGCCAAGGAACGGAAGGCGCUGGCUAAGGCUCGUGCAGCCGCUCAAUCUUCUGGGGCCACCUCUUCUGCCGCAUCCCAGGCUAGUCAGCGCGUUGCUGAUGCAGAGCGGCUUCUGGUCGCUGAGGUGACUGGGCAAACCUCUGAGGCCCAUCCUUCUCAAGAUAACCGGGUUCUGAAUGUGAACCCGGUCGGCGUUGGUAUCCCUGCUGGGGGGGAGAAGGACAAGGGGAAGAAGACGAAGAGGCCGCGCCUUAAGUCCUCUGCUCCUAAGUCCACGGACGUCGUGGUGCCCUCCGCCGUUCGUCCCAUCUCUGAAGUCUAGAAGGACAUGGCCCUUCAGACCGGGCUGGAAUUAUCAGGUCGUUCCUCGGGCGACUCUGUUGAUAAUGCUCUGCUUCUGAGCCUUGAGGUUGGGCUAAGCUUGCUGCAGGCCAGGGCUGCUCGGGAGAAAGAUCUCGCCGAGCUCAAGAGGAAGGCCGAUGCGGCUUCCAAGAGAGAGCAGGAGGCCUUGCUGCUGCGGGAGGCUGCUCAGGCGGAGGUGAACAAGGCGCAGGCUGCCCUGGCCCAGGCUCAACAGGAGCUCUUAGCCGUUCGGGCUCAGGGCGAGCAUGAGAAACAAGGCCUGCUUGCCAAGGUGGCCCUUGCUGAGAAGCAUGGGAUUUCUUUUGUUCAUGCCGCGGAUCCUGCCCCCCGUUCUGAAGGCGGAGAUCCUCCCAGCGACGUUCUGACCCUGGCCAUCAAUGUGGAGGAGUUCAAGAAAACUACCCAGUUCCUUCAGGCCGCUUAUGAGUAUUGCCGGGGAGCUGCUGGGAGGGUUUCGAGGCCGAGCUGCAGUCGGUGACGGAUAAGGAGCGCUUGGUUCAUGGGGUGCAGCUUUUGGGGAAGACCGCACUUGGUGGUGAGUGGCUUGCAGAGCUUGCCGACGAUGCCUUCACCAAAGGGUACUUCGUAGGUGUUAAGGCCCUUAGAAGUGUGCUCCCUCUGGUCGGCUGUCCCCCGUUCAACGUGGAUGAUUAUACUGAUGGGGUCGAGCUUCGGCGAGUCAUGGGAAAACUCGGCCGAGAUGAGCAGCGCGCAGCGGUCGUUCAGAGGGGGUGAAAUCCCUGAUCUUCCCACUCCAGAGCUUCCCUCAGUGCCAUCAGAAGAACCGCCGGCCUCCCCACGCUCCCCUCCCCAUGGCUUCCUUACAUGACUUCGUUAGUUCCUCCUUUUGCUUAGUUGUAUAUUCCGGCCGGUAGAGCCGAAGAAUAAAGCUUCUUUUUACAUUUAUGGCUUGCGUUCUGUUUACUCAUUCGUACUUUCCUCCUUUCUCC